AUGAUCAUAGAAAACAGCUGACAGGAGAAAGGAAAGAAAAACACAAAAUAGACAUACAUUUAUGAAAAUUUAACAAAAUUUCGUAUUUAAUUUAAUAAGCAAAUGUUUCAACAAGAAAACAUGGCUUGUAGUGCUACAGUAUUAGGCAUUUUAUGCUUUUCCUUCAACGUUUUGUUGUCUACGGCAGAUGUAACUCCRCAAAAUACCACCAAUCCAGUUAAGGUUGAUAACAACAAUAUUCCUGCUGUGAAAAGCCCAUUGAGCAGCACUUUAGCACCAAACAUAUUAAAUUCCUUAGUACAAGCCACAAAUUCAACGCCCAAAUGUGUGUGUGAUGGAGCUUUGUUACCGCGUCUAAGUGAAAAUGGUAAAGUGCUGGAAAUCUGUCCGGAAUGUAAAUGUCAGCAUGAAGCAAGGAAUACAACACUUAUUAAGGUCGUUGUCAUAAUCGUGAUCUGGAUUAUAUCCAUACUUGUCAUAUAUAUGCUAUUUCUAAUUUGCUUGGAUCCACUACUCAACAAGCGUGUGAAGGCGAAUUAUCAGGAGCACACAAACGAAGAUGAUGAAGCAAGCGGUACUUCCCCUCCGUUGCCGACCGGCAUGGCUAACCAAGAAAUGAACUCACGCGCAAAUGUUUUGAAUCGUGUUGGUCAUCAAACGGAUAAGUGGAAGCGACAAGUGCGCGAACAACGCCGUCACAUCUAUGAUCGACGUACGAUGUUGAAUUAAAUUUGUAGCGUGUGUAGUGAGACUUCGCGUUUAUUUUCUUUAAUAUUUUUGAAUAUAUUAUUUUUAUUAAAAGAUA